AUGCGGAUGGAAAACUGCAGAAGCGCAAAGUCCUCAGAAGCAGACUGGGCCUCGCAGAAGCGGACUGGGUCUCGCAGAAGCGGCUUCAAGGACGCAGAAACGGAGGCAAUGAAGGCCUUGGCAAACCGCAUAAGCGGUUGGUUUCUCGCAGCUGCGAGACCGCAGAAGCGACUAAGUGAGUCGCAGGUUUGGGCCAGAAGGGAUGUACAAGGCACACACAUAUUUGGAAAGUUAAGCAUUAUCAUCACAAAGCCAGAAACAAUUAGGAAAAUCUUGACGGAUGAAGAAAAUAUUAAGAGAGGUAUGCCUGAAUAUAUAUCAAAGCUAGCUGGAAUAACAAAUUCAAUCGAAGAAGACAAGCGAAUUCGUCGAUCAAUAACUCCGAUAAAGAGUCACGGAUUAUUAUCCAACUAUUUUGAUUAUAUAAACGAUCUUGUGAAAACUACGUUCGAGAAAUACGCUGCUACAGAAGAACCCUUUGAGUUCCUCACUGAAAUGAAAAAACCUACAUUUGAGGUGUUUAUGAGAAUUCUUACAGGUGGUGAGGUUGCUAAAGAAUUGUUUGAUGCUGUGUUCAAGAAGAAUAAUUUGCUAAUGAGUGGCGAUCACAGCUUGCCCAUUAAUAUACCUGGAUUUGCUUACAAUAAGGCAUUGAAG